UGGCCAACCACUCACCAGCCUAGGUCGGUUGAAGAGGGGACGCAGUGAGCGUCAUGAGGACCUCCUCUCUUCCAGCUGAACUCUUUGCCCUCGUUGGCUCGUCGACAUGCCCGUCCAUGCAGCUGGAAAGAGGCAUCCACUUCCCCAGGACCCCCAGCUCGCCCAGUCAGUCAACAAACCCAGUCCAAGACCCCUACACCCGACCUCUCCCCAGCUACCUAGUAGGUCGGUUGAUGUGAUAGACUCCGCCCUAUGGUUUGUCAGUGGGCCGCUAUAUUCGGCAACUAGCGACCAGCCACAACAUUUCCAUCUUUGCGCGCCUAGACAUACAUCGAUACACACACUUCUCCUCACUUCAGUUGUGUUGUCGCAAACAUCCUCCGUCUUCAUCUUCUUCCACUUUGUUGGACUGGAAGCACGCCUGCGAGUUGUGACCGAAAGACGAAGAAAGCGAAACGGUUCUCGGUACCCGACAGCUCGACACGGCUCACGCACACACGACAUUGCCAUGAAAGCGGCCAUCUAGAACGUGCCCGACAUACAUAGAACAAGGACGUCGUCUUCGCCACUUCGAUCGCUAUAAUGUCCGACAACAGACGCCGUAAUGGCCCUCUAGGUACCUGGGUGCCGCUGGUCGUGACGGCUGCCGUUGCUACCGUCAGUGUCGCAGCUUGGAUCUGGAGCCAGCGCAAGGACCGGACCGGCGAACACGACACCAACUCGACCGUCCAGGAGCUCGACUACGAGAACGCCGACUACGGUGACAACCCGCCCUACGGAGCCACUGGUGAAGGCCGUCUGAAGCCGCCAGCCCAAGCACAACAGGCCGAAGGAGGAUGGGGCCCCCGGCGCACCCCGAGUCCGGCCGACUUCUUCAACAGCGCGAAGCGACAGGUUGCCGCCGGCGUGACUGCAGCGGGCGCAGCUGUUGAGAAUGCUACUCCUUCCAGAAACGAUACGCCCGUUGUUCAGCCUACCACUAGUACUGCCCCGGUUCCCGCUCCCGCUGCUGCUACUACUACUACCACCAAUACUACUGCCACUCCCAGCAAGAACCAACGCCGGAAAAAGGUUGCCAUUAUUGUCUCGGCCGAUAACCAUGUGGAACCCGGUGACGAAGAGUAUCAUGAACAUGCUUCCAUCCUCUCCCACAUCCCCCGUAACAUCGACCUCUCCCUUACCAAGCUCUACAUCCUCAUCUACGCCCCUCAACUCAAGGACAAGUCCGAAGGCUCCUCUAAACCUGCGUCGCUAAGCUCUUCCUUUUCCAACAUCGAGGCCGAGACCCCCGCCGAGACGCCCGCCGAGAGCAAGGACAAGGACCCUCUUGCCGACUCUGCGUACACGUCCCUCUACAACCAAGCCGCCGCUCUCGUUUCCAAGCCUUCGCAUAUUUUGACCUUCUCCACCCCCGCCGGCCACUCUCACAUCUUGCGCCACAUCCAGCCCGAAAUCAUCUACCUCCAGGAAUCUCUGGCCGGCCCCGACGGCAGCGUCAUCACUUCCUUCCAAACAUGGUUGAGGCACGAUAUUGUGUUGGUGGUUGGCGCCGAGCAAGGAGACGGCGGUCUGGCGGACUCUGACUCUGAGGACGAUGAUACAGAGAAGAACGGAGAGAAGGAGAAGGAGGACAAAGAGGUCAAGUGGUGGCAGAAGGAAGAGCGAGUGGGGCGAGGGAGGGGAGUGGUCGUGGUGGAUGUGAGGGCGGGCAAGUUGGGUGAUGAUUGGGUCAGGAGGGUUCAGGGACAGGAGUGAGCUGGGCUCCUUGGGAGGGUGGGUGAUGAUGAUAUCCUUGUUUUGUUGUUGCUGUUGAUGUAUACCACUCUGCUCUAUACGAAAGAAGCGGGCCAGUGUUUCUUUUGGCUUGGAUACCUACCUAUCUAUGGAAUAUGAUGAUACGGAUGACGGAUCUCGGUGGGUGAAGUGAACAUGUACAACCAGCAUGCGUAGAAAGAAGCAGGACUGUUUGGAGUCCACAGAUCAGUAAGCGCUCCCGAAGCGUUCAGGUAAGGGCUUCUGUAGCUGCUGGCCGGCUGUUGGGAGGGAAGGGCUGGAAGUAGGUACGGACGGAAAAGUCCCUUGGGAUGGUGGUCAAAGCAAAUAAAUUGGCCAGCUGUCUGUGUGCCGGAAGGCCCCCCGGCACUUUGAAUAUAGCCCCUUUCGUGGUGUAGGU